ACAUUAGAACCUGCCUUCAUUUUUUAUUCCAGGUUUUUCGCGGGUGGAUCAGAGCGCAGCGGACAGCAGAUCGUCGGACCUCCUAAGAAGAAGAGCUCCAACGAGGUGGUGGAGGAUCUGUUCAAAAGAGCCAAGGAACACGGAGCCGUGCCUUUGGACCGGAGCGGGAAAGGACCAGAACCGAGCAGGGCAAAGGCCUUUCUUGGUGGAGGUUACAGGCUGGGAGCAGCUCCUGAGGAGGAGUCCGCCUAUGUGGCCGGAGAGAGUCGCGCCUCCAACAGUCAACAGGAUGUCCACGUGGUUCUGAAGCUGUGGAAGAGCGGCUUUAGUCUGGACGACGGCGAGCUCAGAAACUACAGCGACCCCGGAAACGCAAACUUCCUGGAUGCCAUCAGAAGAGGGGAGAUUCCUCUGGAGCUCAGGCAGCGUACUCGGGGGGGCCAGGUCAACCUGGACAUGGAAGACCACCGAGAUGAAGACUACGUCAAGCCCAAAAUGGCCUUUAAGGCCUUCGAGGGUGAAGGGCAGAAGCUGGGAAGUGCCACUCCAGAACUGGUCUCAGUUCCGCCGUUGUCCCAGCAGGACCAGGCUGCGAAUGAGGCGCAAGCCAGCGCCUCUGUAAACCUCGACCCCUCCGAGCCCACAACCAACAUCCAAAUCCGCCUGGCUGACGGGGGGAAGCUGGUCCAGAAGUUCAACCACACCCACAGGUGAGGCCCUCACCUUUUCUGACUGCUGCUGAUGCUCCUGCUUCAUGUUUGAAAACAUCUUCAUAGUUUUUGGUUGAAGUUGAGAGAACCAGAAUUUAAAGACUCAUUCCAGUGAAAAUUGUUUGUUUUUUAGGAUG